AUGUCAUACGUUUCAAGACCUAUAAAAUUUACCAUAUCAGGCACACAAAUAACACCAAAGAAAGCCAUUAAAUACCUGGGGGUCUCCAUUGACAGUAGCCUGACCUAUGCCGAGCAUAUCACGGCAGUAGCCAUCCGAGGAGCAAAAACAACUACAGCGGUAAGCAGGUUGAUGCACAAUAAGGGUGGACCAAAGUCUAGCAAAAGAAGAUUGCUAGGAGUAGUGUCACAAUCUAUUAUGCUGUACGCUGCUCUUAUAUGGGAACAAGCAAUGACAGUUCUAAGCUAUAGGAAAGCGCUAGAAACGGUCCAACGGAGAGGAGCUAUUAGGAUAUGCAGCGCGUAUAGGACAAUUUCCCGAGACGCAGUGCAGGUGAUAGCUGGUGUGUCACCAAUAACGCUCCUUGUUUUGGAGAGAGGUGAGAGGUAG